GGCAGGGAUUGGUGCGGCCAAGCUGGCGGCGGGAAAGGCUGAGGCCGGUCGCCUGAGGGCUGCUGGCUCCGCGGGGCUCCGGAGAGUCCGCAGACAGCGGGCCUCAUCGUUUUUGUCUCCUCUGUCUCCACCUUCUUUACUUCUCUGUGGCUGGUCCUCUAAUGUAUGGACUUGUACAUGAUGAACUGUGAACUUCUAGCCACAUGUAGUGCCCUGGGGUACUUGGAGGGAGACAUUUACCACAAGGAACCAGAUUGCUUAGAGAGUGUGAAGGAUUUGAUCCGCUACUUGAGGCAUGAGGACGAGACGCGGGAUGUGCGGCAGCAACUGGGGGCAGCCCAGAUCCUGCAGAAUGACCUUCUACCCAUCCUCACCCAGCACCGCCAGGACAAGCCUCUCUUUGAUGCUGUUAUCAGACUGAUGGUAAACUUGACACAACCAGCCUUGCUCUGUUUUGGCAGUGUGCCAAAGGAGCCAAGUGUGCGGCACCACUUUCUGCAGGUGCUAACUUAUCUGCAGGCUUACAAAGAGGCCUUCGCCAGUGAGAAGGCUUUUGGAGUCCUCAGUGAAACCUUGUAUGAACUGCUGCAGCUGGGCUGGGAGGAGCGGCAAGAAGAAGACAACUUGCUGAUCGAGCGGAUCCUGCUGCUGGUCAGGAAUAUUCUCCAUGUCCCAGCUAACCUUGACCAGGAAAAGAGGAUCGACGAUGAUGCCAGUGUCCAUGACCAGCUUCUAUGGGCAAUUCACCUCAGCGGCCUGGAUGACCUGCUUCUCUUCCUGGCCAGCUCGUCUGCUGAGCAGCAGUGGAGCCUGCAUGUGCUAGAGAUUGUCUCCCUUAUGUUUCGUGACCAGAAUCCUGAGCAGCUGGCAGGAGUAGGGCAGGGACACUUAGCUCAGGAGCGGAGUAUGGAUGUGGCAGAACUGGAGAUGUUGCGCCAGCGGGAGAUGGCAGAGAAGAAGACUCGCGCCCUCCAGCGAGGCAACAGGCAUUCUCGAUUCGGUGGUUCCUACAUUGUCCAAGGGCUGAAAUCCAUUGGGGAGAGGGACCUCAUCUUUCACAAAGGCCUUCACAAUCUCCGAAACUACAGUUCAGAUUUGGGAAAGCAGCCCCGAAGGGUGCCUAAACGUCGCCAGCCUGCCCACGAGCUGUCCGUUCAGCGCCGCUCUGCCCUCAAUGUAAGGAUCUUCCUCAGAGACUUCUGCUCUGAAUUCCUGGAGAACUGUUAUAACCGGCUCAUGGGCGCAGUAAAGGAUCACCUGCUCCGUGAGAGAGCUCAGUGGCAUGAUGAGACCUACUACAUGUGGGCCUUGGCUUUCUUCAUGGCCUUCAACCGAGCUGCCUCCUUCCGUCCGGGCUUGGUUUCUGAAACUCUCAGUGUCCGUGCCUUCCACUUUAUUGAGCAGAACCUCACCAACUACUAUGAAAUGAUGCUGACUGACCGCAACGAAGCGGCCUCCUGGGCACGCAGGAUGCACCUGGCUCUAAAGGCCUAUCAGGAGCUGCUGGCCACAGUGAAUGAAAUGGACUUGUCCCCAGAUGAGGCUGUGAGGGAGAGCAGUCGCAUCAUCAAGAACAACAUUUUCUAUGUGAUGGAGUACCGAGAACUAUUUCUGGCACUCUUUCGAAAGUUUGAUGAGAGAUGCCAGCCCCGCUCAUUUCUUCGUGACCUGGUGGAAACCACCCACCUCUUCCUCAAGAUGUUAGAGCGGUUCUGUCGGAGCCGUGGGAAUCUGGUGGUGCAGAACAAACGAAAGAAGAGAAAAAGAAGAAGAAGGGUAAACCAGGCUGUCACUUCUGGUAAUGACCCAUCUAGCCCAGGGGAGCUGGAAGCUUUGUGGCCAGCCCUGGCUGAGCAGCUGCAGUGCUAUGUCCAGGAUCCUGAGCUCAACAUAGACUCCAUGGUUCCCUUUGAUGCGGCCUCAGAGGUACCAGUGGAAGAACAGCAGGCAGAAGCCAUGGUACGAAUCCAAGACUGUCUCUUGGCUAGCCAGGCCCCACAGGCUCUGGCCCUCCUGAGGUCUGCUCGGGAGGUGUGGCCAGAAGGAGAUGUGUUUGGCUCGACAGACAUUUCCCCAGAGGAAGAGAUGCAGUUGAUGAAACAGAUCCUCUCUGCUCCACUUCCCCGGCAGCAGGGGCCAUCGGAAGGAGGCGCAGAAGAAGAAGAGGAAGAAGAGGAGGAAGAGGAGUUGCAGGUGGUCCAGGUUUCAGAGAAAGAGUUCAACUUUCUGGACUACCUGAAACGCUUUGCAUGCUCAACUGUUGUGCGAGCCUAUGUGCUUCUGCUGCGGAGCUACCAGCAGAACAGUGUCCACACUAACCACUGUGUUGUCAAGAUGUUGCACCGGCUAGCCCGUGACCUCAAAAUGGAAGCCCUGCUUUUCCAGCUUUCAGUCUUCUGCCUCUUCAAUCGUCUGCUUAGUGAUCCUGCUGCAGGAGCCUACAAAGAGCUGGUGACUUUUGCCAAAUACAUCUUGGGCAAGUUUUUUGCGCUGGCUGCAGUCAACCAGAAAGCCUUUGUGGAGCUUCUCUUUUGGAAGAACACAGCUGUGAUUCGAGAGAUGACUGAGGGCUAUGGCUCCCUGGACAGUGGGUCUUCUGGUCGCAGAGGCCCUAUUUGGAGCCCUGAGGAAGAAGCCCAGCUUCAGGAACUGUACCUUGCCCAUAAGGACGUGGAAGGUCAGGAUGUGGUGGAAGUCAUUUUGGCACACCUGAAAACCGUUCCUCGAACGCGCAAGCAGGUCAUCCAUCAUCUGGUACAGCUGGGACUGGCUGACAGUGUCAAGGACUUCCAAAGGAAAGGAACCCAUAUUGUAUUGUGGACAGAAGAUCAGGAGCUGGAGCUGCAGCGGCUUUUUGAGGAGUUCCAGAACUCAGAUGAUGUCCUAGGUCAUAUCAUGAAGAAUAUCACAGCCAAACGUUCCCGGGCCCGAAUAGUAGAUAAACUGCUGGCUCUGGGUCUGGUGACUGAGCGGCGGGAGCUGUACAAGAAACGGAGGAAGAAGUUGGCGCCCUCCAGCAUGCCCAGUGGAGAAGAAUCCCCGAAAGACUUUUGGCAGGAAGAUCUGGAAGAAGAGAACUUGCCAGAGGAAGAGAGUGAAGAGGAUGAAGAGAAAGAGGAGGACUUAGAAGCAGAACAAACCCAGGGUAGCUCAUCUCUUUCAACUGAAAACCUUGGUGAAGGCCUGCAUCAGGAAGGCUUUUCCGCUCCACUUCUGUGGCUCCAGAACUGCUUGAUUCGAGCAGCAGAUGAUCGGGAAGAAGAUGGCUGCUCUCAGGCAAUUCCAUUGGUGCCGCUUACAGAAGAAAAUGAGGAAGCAAUAGAAAAUGAACAGUUUCAGCAGUUGUUGCGCAAGCUGGGGGUUCGGCCCCCCACCCCUGAGCAGGAAACCUUCUGGCGGAUCCCAGCCAAGCUGAGCCCCACCCAGCUCCGGAGAGUGGCAGCUUCUUUGAGUCAACCAAAAGAGGAGGAGAAACUGCAGCCAGAACUUGGGUUAAAAGUCCCUGGAGAACACGGUCCCAGUGAGGAGCACACAGCUGAAGCCCUGAGGGCCCCCUUGUUAGCCCAUAAAAUGAAAGCAGGCCUAGUGUCCCCAAAGGGUUAAGUGUAAUUGCUCAUCUAUUGACUACUUAGAUUAUAUCAGCCUUGUUGGUUAGGGGGCUAA